AUGGUGGAGCCCUCGAACUUCAAGCUCUCCUUCGCAGCGGUGGUCGUCUGCGGGGCCAUGAACAACUUCCCUUACUGCGUCAUGAUCGGGGCCAGCCAAGAUCUUGCCAGGCAGUUCCAUGUACCACACCAAACGCCCGUCAUGUCAACCUGUAUGAUGCUCGGCAGUCUCCUUGCCACCUUCAUCAACAUGAAGUGGCUCAUUGGCAUCGAGUACAAGAAGCGGUUGCUCAUGGUUUUGCUUAUGACAGCAGGGAGCUACUUGGGCGUGUCCUUGGCAGUGACAAACGCUUUUCCAGACGGCUGGUUCUGGUCCUGCUGCUUCGCGGCCGUCCUCACCCUAGCACAGAUUUUCGGUGAGCUUGGCAUCCUUGCAUUCCUCCGUAGCUUCCCGCCAGAGCUGGUGGGGGGAUGGGGGACCGGCACAGGCGUGGCUGGGAUUCUCAGCAGCUUCAUGUACAUCCUCCUCAGGGGACCAUUGAAUUUGAGCAGCAGCCUCGUCUUUGUUUUGUGUUUACCGUCUCUGGUGAUUUUCUGGCUGAGUUUUGAAUACCUACGAUGGGAGACCACGAACUCCUUGUCGGGCCCGAAGCUGGAGUUUGCUUUGGGUGGCGGCCGCAACUUACUGGAUCAGACGGACCCAAAGGCUGUGGUAGACUCGAAGGUCGGGCCAGGGGCGGCCGUGGCCAGCGUGGAGAACGUGAAGGCUGCUCUCCAUGUCAGUGGCGACAUUGUUGCCAACCUGGUGGCGGCGUACUCCUUCAAGUACUUUAUUUACCCUGGUCUCGAUGAUCGCGAGACAUAUUGUGCCCAGAACAAGUGGUUCCCCGCGAUGUGGAUGUGCUACAACAUCGGAGUAUUGCUGUCACGUGCCUCCGUGAGCUUGUUACGUGUCCAGCGCGUCUGGUUCCUGACCUGUUUUCAAGCGAUCAACGUCAUCGCCUGGGUCAUUGAAAUCUGCACUGGUGCCAUCAGGAGUGGCCUGCCACACAACUAUGGCUACUUUGUCAUGUCCGGCUGGAUGAUGGUU